AUGUCUAUCAAGCCAGUUCCCCCUCCUGAAGGAAUCCCCUUUCCGGAAUAUUAUCCAUUAUUCAUGGACUGGCGAUUUCCUAUCUCUGUUGCUACCAUUUACACUCUCUCGGUCCUAAUUCUGAAUCCUAAAUCAUCAAAAGUGUCGCGUGUAGUGGCGCAAUCAAAAGGCAUUAAAAAGAGUGAGACGAGUUCAGAAAAUAGUUCAGCGAUGACAGCAUUUAUAUUCCUACAUAAUUUGUUGUUGUGUGUUUAUUCGUUGAUCACGUUUGUUGGAAUGGGUUCGGCUCAUUUAAUGAAUUUUUGGACACAUUCGAGUUUUACUGAUGCUUAUUGCGAUCGAGAUGGUUCAUUAUGGAAUAAUGCUCUAGGAUAUUGGGGAUAUUUAUUCUACUUAUCAAAAUAUUACGAAAUAAUUGACACAAUAAUCAUUCUACUCAAAGGACGCCGCUCCUCCUUACUACAAACAUACCAUCACGCCGGCGCAAUCAUAACAAUGUGGUCAAGCAUGAACUACGGUGCAACAGCGGUGUGGAUCUUUGUUGUUUUCAAUUCUUUUAUUCACACAAUAAUGUACGCAUAUUACGCAGCAACCUCGAUUGGACUGCACCCUCCCGGCAAACAAUAUCUCACCACAAUGCAGAUUUCCCAAUUCUUAAUUGGUACCACGCUGGCAAUAUCAUAUUUGUUUGUUGAUGGAUGUCAUGCAUCUGCCGGUGCAAAAAUGGCGACUUGGAUCAAUAUUAGUUAUUUGUUCCCGUUGACUUAUCUUUUCGUUGAUUUUGCGAAGAAAAUGUAUGGCGGAAAGAAGAAGCUAUCAGCUAAUGGAAACGGCCACUUGAAUAAGUCAAAUGGUUAUGCUAAUGGUCAUUCCAUAAAGAAA